AUGCAGAUAUCCGCUGUUGAUAAAACAACUGGAAGAUCGAAAAAUGUAACCAUCACAAAUGAUAAAGUUACUGAAGCCAAGCGUUAUCGUGAAGAUGAUGAGAGAGAUCAGAAAUGUGCUAUUAAACUAUUUGAAGACGAAAUUCAAGAAUCGAUUACAUGGCUUGAAAAUAACAAAUGUGCAGAACAGGAAGUAUAUGAUUCUAAACUGAGGUCACUCGAACAAAGUGCCAGCCAAUUAAUGACGAGGCUUAAUGUUGGUGGCAGUGUUAGAGGUGGUUUGUGCUAA